GCGGGGCCGCCGAGCGCAGCGGGCCGGGGCUCGGCUGGAGCUCCCCGCUCGGGGGGCGGCGGGCCCGGCUUGUCCCGGUGCCUUCGGUGCGACCGGGGCGCGGAGCGGGGGGGGGGUCUCGCGGGUCCCGAAAUGCCGACUGAGUAUUUCAUGUCAGUAGCAUUGCGGGGAAGGGUGCGGGCCUUCCGCGCUUCGCUCGGCCGAGGUGCGCCCGGGCAGGCACCGCGUGUGUGUGUCCGCCCGCAUCUGCCCCUGGCACGGUAUUCUAGUGCUCAGCGAUUAACUCUGUGAACGCUUUUUCCCUCUGCAGUAGCGUGUGGAUCGCUCUGGAUGUGGAAUAAGAGCUCAGGCGGCAGUUUAACCGCUAGGUUUAUCUGAAAAAGCCGAGCACAUUUCGGGGAGGGGGGAGGGCAGUAGCUCCGCACUGGGCCGGCCCAGCCUGACGGCUGGUUAAGUGGCAUCCACACCCCCGUGCCUCUGGUUUCCACUGCCUUGGGACACGGAUCGCCUGCCUUCCUGAAGUCUUGCCUCUUCGCUGCAGCUAUAAUAAAUAAACUGCACUAGUUUCAGGCUGUGUUUUUCCUACAUUCGCAUUUUUGUUUCGGAAGCACUGAAUGAUUUGCCCGCAAAAUGUAGUCCCUGUCCCUUGUCAUACACCCAUAAAAGCAUUUAAUAUGUGGACAUUCAGAGAAGUCUGCCUGUAGAACAAACUCUUAGAACAGUGAAGUAAUGAUGUUGCACGCUGGUUCGUUUUGCAGUGUCAUCAGAUUUAUCUUUAUUUGCUUAGUCUACGUUAGGCUAUUUUCAGGAAGGGAAUUCAUGUUUGCUCCCACGCUGUGGAGCCUUGCAGUUCUGCCCAGUACUUACAGGCUGGGCUGGAGAGAGAGUUGCUUUCUUACAGGAACAAUGUUACUGUUGCAUGUAACAAAAUAUUUUGUGGCCAAGACUGUCAAUUUUUGAGGGAGGGACUGGGAUUUGGAUAUUUGUAGUUAUGGCCUCAGAUAAAGAAAAACCUUAGUACUCUGAUUUCUUAUUGCAUAAAGAAUGGAAAGUAACUAACACCACUUUCUUUUUCUUCACAUUUGUUUCUUUUAAUCUUUUCAAUAUCCCCUUGAUGAAGGAAACAAGACUUGUAAGGUGAUUUACAAAAAGGUUAUUUUUAAAUGUCAUUUUAGCCUGUAAACAAGGAUAUGUCCUCUUCACUGUAGUGUAAUCACUGUUGUUACCUGCUUUUUGCAGUUUGUAACUGAUUGUAAUUCAUAAGGUACUGUUUCAUGAGGUACAGUUAUUAUCAAAAAGGCCCAGAUCCUUUUUUCUGUAGAAUUGUUUGAUGCAGUGGUUUGGGCUGGAAGGGACCUUUAAAGAACAUUUAGUUCCAACCCCGCUGCAGUGGGCAGGGAUGCUUUCUACUAGACCAGGUUCUUCUAAGUUCUGUCCCACCUGACCUUGAAUAUUUCCAAUGAUGAGACAUCCACAGCUUCCUUGAGUGACCUCUUCCAGUGUCUCACCAUCCUGCUUGUAGAGAAUUUCUUCCUUUAAUCCAACCUAAAUCUGCCCUCUUUAAAACCACUGCACGUUGUACUGUCACUAUGGAUCCCAGUAAAAGGCCUCUAUCUCUUCCUCAUAAGCCUUUUUAAAUUACUGAAAGGCUGCAGUAAGGUCUCCCCAGAGCCUGCUCUUCUCCAGGAUGAACAAUCUCAGCUCUCACAGCAGUUCUGCAUGGGAGAGGUGUCUGGACUAACUCCAGCAGGUCCACAUCAUUACUCAGUUCCCAGCACUUCAGGGGGGUUCUCACCAGAGCAGACUGGAGGGGCAGAAUCCAGAUCCCAUAGUCUGUGUCUCUUUGCUGAAGAAAAUAAACAGUUUUGGCCCCACUGUGGGCCCUUGAGGGACACCACUGGUUUGUGCUUGGUACAUUGAGCUGCAGCUGUUUGGAUGUGGCCAUCCAGCCAGUUCCUUAGGCAUUUAGCAGUUCUAUUUCAAGGCCAUGUGUCUCUAUUACUUCAUCUUUUCCUUAUUUUCUAUCUCUGCCCUCCCUAGGUCAUUGGAUUUUUCAUAGGCCAGUUUAAUUCCAUGGAAUUGCAGAAAAACUUGUUCUUUACUAAGCUUUCUGCUGUUUUGUGAGUUCAUUUAGUUCAUAAAAAGUCUGAUGAGGACAUGAGUUGUUGCGGGAGGGAAAUAAAAGAGAAAAGCGACGCCCCUAUUCUGCAGCAGCAAGUUGUUACAUCAACUCAUCUACUCAAGGAAGUGUAGCCACAGCACAAUGAUAAUUUAGUCACAUCCAUAGCAUAUUUUACAUUACAUUUUUCAAUAUUCAGACUUAAAGGAGGAAAGUAGCAUUAAUUGCUUAGAACAUGACCUAGUGAGGCUGAACGUGCCUUCCUUUGUAUUUGCCUGUCUGUAAUGCAGUUAUUGCACGUGGCUGCAGUGAGUUGUUGCAGUACUGAUGCAGCAGUCUUUUACUUGGCUGUUUUUCUUGGCAGUGUUGAUCUGAUGGCCAGCGUUUGUACAUUGUGCAAAGAUCACCAAUACCUUCCUGUAAUGUUAGAAACUUUCAAGAGUACAGGCAGGCCUAUUUUUUUGCUCAUUGUGUUUGUCUUUGAACUAAAAGGAUAAUUAAUUUUUAAAAAUGUUAUUAUAUUUGUAAGACAAAUAGAAGUCUUUCUUUCGGUAUUGUGGUACUGUUGGCUGAGUGAUUAUAGCUGGGGAAGGUAUUGUACAUCUCAGAAAAUCUUAUACAUCUCGGUAUUCAAGCUUUAAAAAGAACAGCAGAAGUAACAGAAACUGAACACAACCAGAAAAAAACAACUUAUUUUCCUUUUGAGAGAGCUGAUAGGGUAAACAGGGCCUUGCAAAGAAAUGCAUGUGUUUUAUAAAACCAAGCAGCAUGCUUAAAACAGAAUAACCUGCAGGUUCUUAGUGUUACUAACCUUUUGAGUAUGUGGUGAAUUUUUGUGGUGAGAAAUUUCUCAGGAGUUUCUGUCAUGUCAUGGGAUCUGUUUUUUAUUUACUCUGGAGCACUGAGACUGCUUCAUGCCAAAGAAUUGACUAAAAGUCCCUUGAAAAGUAAAGUUAUGUAUUUUAGUAUGAUAUAUCCUAUGAUAAGGGUUGUUAUCUGUACAACUUGUAAUUGUAUAAAAGAAGUCAACUUCCUGGCUAGACUGAUAUAUAUGAUAGCAGGGUUGAGUUACAGUGUGAUAGCACUGUUGCUGCUGUGUGCAAAGUUGGGGUGCUUGUCUUUCCUUAACACUCCACCAAGCUUGUAUGCCUUGAACUAAUUCAUUAAUUUUCACCUUGCAUGAGCUCUGGACCGUGCUGUUUCUUGUGCACCCUACAACAUUACUUGGAAAGCUAAACAUGCUCUAAGGGACAUGGAUUGAUAAUUUUUAUGUUCUUGCCUUCCAACCAUCAGUUUAAUCAGUCAGGGAAUACUGUCUCUACAUGAUGCAGACUGGUAAUUCUGAAAAGAGCUGCUGGACACCCUGAAGGUUUAAAUAGGAUAUAAUCUUGUUUUGAUCCACUCUUAAGUUGCCACGGGGGUCUGAUUUGAAAUCUGAGUGGUUGUGUUUUACUGUUGUGCUUUUUUAGUUCAUGCUCUGUUGAUUUUUAGCAUUCCAUGCAGUUCUGUAGGGUCUCUUCUUGUCAAAUAUUGUAAGUAGGUCUAGGUUGAACUAGUAUUUAUAGAAUGCCUGGAGAUUUUUUUUUUUUUGGUGAGGAGUUGUUGCUGGACUGUAUUAAAGUGUUUAAAGGACAUCAUGGUGUGUGAGAGAAUGUUUUUCAGGGAAGUGAUGAAAAGGGAACAGUUGUGGCUCAAGGAAGGAUACUGCAUUGAUGACUUUGCAAUUCAGCUUAACUUCCUCAUGCAUCUUGAAGAGAUAUAUAUUUAUUCCAGUCAGUUUCAAGUCAACAGGAACAGGAUUGGGUCCCUGUAGUUCUUAAUUAAAAGUUUUGAGUUCACAGUCUGCUCUAGAACAAGAAAAAGUAUUUUCAGUUUAGAAAAUACUCUUCUGAAUUAAUUUCCACAAACUAUGCAAGCUGCAUUGUUGUUGGUAUUUUUUUCCCCCCAAACCUCAGUCUAAUUUUUCUUUAAUUGUUUUAUUCACUUCUUAUUUUUCAGGAGUCUUUGAAAAAUCCUUAGUGGUCAUGACAUUGUUACAAGUGACAUAAAUUAGCCAGUGGCUCAGAAUGAUGGAUACCCAGAAGACUACAAAUGGUUUGCAAGUGAUUGGAGAAGGGACUGGUAUAGGGAAAUCGACACUCCACAUGGUGGGGUAUUUGGGAAAAAACUGUAAUCCUGUAGAAACAACUGCACAUGAGUAUUGUCCAGUCUGCAAAGAGAAGGGUCAGAUCCAAGGUUUACGGACUUACCGCCUUAAUUUUCAAGAGUCCAUUUUCCUUUGUGAAAAUCCUCAGUGUAUCUACCCACUUGGUUAUAAACCAUUAAACAGCAUAAUUUCUUCUACUGGUUCAGAAAAUCAUCAAGCUCCAUCUACUCACAAGAAGAGGAAAUUUGGUGAUAUCAGUGACUUUUCUGCUGUUGAAUCAGAUCCAAAAAUCGCAAAAACUAACAACGUGCUCAAUGUUCAGCACGCCAUUAGUGCAGACUCUGUUGUGAAAGGCUGCCAGAGUAGUUUGUGUAUUCCCAAGGCAGGUCAACACAAUGUAUUACAAAAUGACCAGCAAAACCCUGGCAGCCAUGUGGGGUCUUGCAUGCAGAAUGUGGAUUUUGAAACAACCACCAAGACCAACAACUACCAAGAAAGUCUACCAAAGACUUCUAGUCCCAAAACACAACUACUGCCAAACUCUGAGCUUUUAUCAACAGCAUCUGAAAUUUCACUCAAAGAGGAUAAAGGUUCCACUAAUAACAGAGAUUUGUGUCUUCAGUGGAGAAACAUACAUAAUCUUUGUUGGUUAGAUUGUAUUUUGUCAGCACUGGUACACUUAGAAACUUUAAAAUCUGCUCUAGCAGAAGAAUGUAAUGAUGGAAAAUGUUUACUCCAGAAACUCUUAAGAAAGUAUAAUCAAGCAUCUGUUCUUCUGAAUACCUGUAAAAGGAGUAAAGUAAAAGAUGUUCUUCCAAAAGCAGAAUCUCAGCUCAAUGAAAUCAGAAACGUAAUCUUUACAGAACUUAAGCAUCAGCUGAGGGGUGAAUUGGGCACUAUGAAGAAUCCAGUGUUUGCACUUCAGCUACUCUUAAAAGUGGAUCAACAAGCUGAGAAACUAUUCUUGCAUUCUUUUUCAUGGAAGUUUGAAUGUGUACGUUGUGGCCACAAAUACCAGGACCGAUUGAAGAAUACACUAACGACGUUUACAAAUGUAAUCCCUGAUUGGCAUCCGCUCAAUGCUGUUCAUACUGGACCAUGUAUUAACUGUGGUAAUACAUCUCAAAGACAACAGAUGCUCUUGCAAAAAGUACCCUCAAUAUUAAUGUUGCAUUUUGAUGAAGGCUUGCCACAUAACAACCUGGAGAAAUAUUCAUUUCAAUUUGAGGAAGCCACCUACCAAAUAACAUCUGUUGUUCAGUAUCAAACAGAUAAGAAGCACUUCAUUAGCUGGUCGUUGAAUCCUGAUGGAACUUGGCUUGAAUGUGAUGAUUUAAAGGGUCCAUAUUGCAAGAGACGUAAAAGAUUUGAAGUUCCUCCUUCAGAGAUUCAUAUUGUUAUCUGGGAAAAGAAAGCAUCCCGUGUGCCACAAGAACUGAAUUCACAGUUCCAAAGUAAAAAUAGUGAAGAUAUUACUCUUAAUAAUGUACAUUCAAAUUCCACAGUGUUGCAUUGUGGUUUUGAUAACACUGUCAGCGAAACACCUGCAGAACAUCACAGAGAGGAUUCUGUGAGGACUCCAAAGAAGAAACAGCAGCAAGUAACUGAGGACAAAAGUAUUGUUCAUCAUGGUUCAGAAAAUCUGGCAGAUGGUGAUCUUGUAACACUGAUGCUUGAAGAAGUUCUAGUUGACUCGGAAGAUAAAUCGCUGCCUGAUGGACAGAUGGUGGGAAAUAACCUUCUUGAUGGAUGGGGCACACCAGAACAGCAGGAACCAGCUUUUUCACUUAGCACUCCAUAUACAGCAGAGUUUGCUGGACCUAGUCUAGCUAUGAACAAUAAAUCCAUAUUCUAUGAAAAUUCCAGUAUUUGCUUACCUCUAGAAGAGUUGAACCCAGUAAAUAUUACUGCUCCUAUGCCCAAAAAACAUGACCCUGAUUCAUCUGACUCAUUACCUUCUCAAUUAAAUGACAGAGCUAAUUUAGCUAACAGAGAAGAACAUGGAUUAAAUUCAGAACUACUGCUAAACAAGAAGUUGUUAGCAGUAGAAAAUACUGUACAAAAACCACCUGACUUGAAAGAUGCAAUCAAAACUGUAGUUAAUUCUCAAGUUGGCAGUUCUUCUGGUGCCAGUAAUUCAGUUCAGUCCUCACACAAAGACAGAAAAGGAGGAUUUGUAGGAAGCUGGGUUAAGAAAUUAAACAAGAGUACUUCUUUUAUGCCUUCAAGUGCCUCAGCUCUCAAGAAUGAGAGAAGUUGCAAAACUCCCUCAGUGCAAAAAAUAAGUGAAGUUCGGCUUCCAAUUAAGGGUGCAAGUAACUUUGGUGGAUUUCAAAGCAGAGGUACAAUGAAAACAACUGAGACCCCAAAGUUAGUGACUCCUCAGAGUAAUAAUCAUCCUUUAUCAAAUUUCAAAGGAUUUUCUCAAAGCACUUGUCUUCCAACAGCAAAUCAUACCACUACCGUAGGUCCAACUUGGAAUAAGUCAAAAAGCACAUUGGGUACCUCAGGUAAAGUGACUCAAUUCCCUUUACCUGGCUAUAACUCUGGUAAGGCAGAAGAGUCAGACAGUGACAAAACAAAAAAACUUCGCCUAAAAUUGUUAAAAAAACUUAAUGCUAAAAAGAAGAAGUUGGCUUCACUGGAUAGAUUAGCAGUGGAGCAGAUGAAACAGGAAAAACCUGUGAGUGGAGACGUAAGCACCCCAUCGCAGACUGAAUCUCAGAAUGACAGUGAAUUAUUGCAGAGCUUUUUAAGGGAGCUGCAGUAUCAGAUCGAUGUCACAGGUAAUGAAUCUGAAUUUAAUGCAAACGCUGUGCCAGGGUGCACUGGCCCUGAUAACACUGAUGAAAUACUGGCAGAAUUACUGUCCCCUACUUCGACUGUCACUUCCUUGGAGGCGCCAAAGAGCGAAGAUGAGUGUAUGUACAUGGAAAUGGUGCACAGCAGCGUGGCAAUGACCGUGCCCCAUGAGAACACCAGUGUGCCACAGGCAGCAGUGACAAAUGAGGACCACAAUUACUACAGUCCUGUAAAGGACACCACUUUGGAGCUUGAUGCAAUAAACAAACACAGUGUGAAAAAACUUUCUUUUGAAAGUCCUACGAGAGAUGAUAUCCUCGAAGACCUGUUCUCCAUUUCAGCACCAAGCUCAAUGGCAGGUGACAUGGAUUUACCUCAUUUUGAUGAAACUCUGUUUGAAACUUGGUAAAUACUCAGUUUCUUGAGUUCAAGUAUUUUUUCAGUAUUAUGUAUAUUUUGAAACAAAGCACUACUAAAUUAUAUUUUAUAAAUAGUUUAAUUGCACACUGGCUGUACUUGAACAAUUUACAUUUGAGAUUUUUUUGUUAAUACUUUACUGUAACAAGCAAAUAAGGGUUUAAUGUAUUUUAUUCUUCUGAGAAGCAGUUAUUUUAGCUGUCAGAUAUGACAAUGAUUUUUAAUUAAAAGCUCCUACGAGUCUUAAUUUUUGCUGCUUUUAAUAUGAAAAACUUCCAUACUCUGGUGAGUUUGAGAACUAAUUAAGUUCUGUAGUCUUGAUGAUGUAAUGGUGUAAGAAAUACUGUUUUAUGUAGUAAUUAUUUUACAGGACCACUCAACUCCUGAAGUUAUUUUGUCCAACAUUUAAAAAAAACCUGAAGUACCUUCUGUAAUUAGGGAAUUUUGCACCCUCUGGUAUGAACUUACAGGUUUCUUAGAAUUAAUUUAACUGUUAGUUAAUGCCUAUUAGUGUUGUCACUUGGAGUUUUUCAUGACUCAGGCAGUGCACCCCCGACCGUAUGUGAGAUGCCAAGGAGAGGCAAGGUCAGUAGGAAGAAAGUAAUGGAAAAAUGUGGCAAGACAGCAGUGAGUAAGCAGAGGGAUUCACACCUUGGUGUUUCUGGAUAUGUAUAGCUUUCAUUUUGCUAGAUUGGAGUCUUUUUUAAAUGCAUGGCCACAAAGCUGAGGGUAUUAUAUGCCAAGUUAGAUUAGCUGUACAUUUUUCUUGUUCUUGGAAAUAAGAAGGAUUUUAUCAGCAAGUCUGUUUAUCAGGCAUAUUUAGAGCUGUCCUGCAUUUUUUCAUUGUUUCAGAUCUCAAGUUCAAAACAUGAAAUGCUCUCAGUCUUACUUUUCCAGUAGAUGCAGUUAAACAUAAUGCUAUUACAAGGCAUGGUUACAGAUUCUAAUAGUUUUGGAUUGCUAGGUUUAAAAAAUGUUUGAAAAACUAUCAUUGGCCCUGAACUUGCUGUGUCCACUUAUUUCUGCUGCAGUUGGGUACAUUGUUGUCAAACUGGUACUUUAGGCAAUGAAGUUUUGAAAUUCAAGUUGUUGUGAAGAACUUGAGCUUCUUCUUUGUUUUAAGUACUGUAAUUGGUAAUGUUACAAUAGAAAAUGAAUGGAUUCUGAAUGUUAAGGGCUGGUGUACUGCUUGUGAAAUGUUUGCCCGUUUGUGAAUUCCCUAAUUAAAACAAACAAACAAAAAAAAAAA